AUGCAGUCCAGAGCAGUGAUGUUUUGUUGUGGUGCAGCUGCUGGCCUUGUUGGAGCUGUAGGACUGUGCAAAACAAGACCACAGCUAUUUCAACAGCAGGCAGUAGAUGAUCAUCAUCAGGAUGAAGAUGCAAACAACAAUUUAUUCAUGUAUGGGUACCCUGAGCCGCACAUCUCUGCCCACUCCUACACUGACCACUCUCUGACAUACGAUCGAUCAAAGAAGAUACCUGUAUGGGUUGCUGAAUGUAUUAAUAAAGACAUGGUGACAAGUCGACUAGCAAAGCGAGCAAGAUCUGAGUUCCAACCUGAUCCGAAAUUACCACAAGAGUAUUGUUCUUCGAACACUGAUUAUCGUGGGAGUGGAUGGAGCCGAGGUCACAUGGCCCCCGCCGGUAACUACAAGCACUGUCAGAACUCUAUGGAUGAUACUUUCCUACUGACCAACAUUGUCCCACAGAACCUGGACAAUAACUCGGGAUAUUGGAACAGUGUUGAAGAUUACUGCAGAAGACUCUCUAAGAGGUACACUCAAGUCAGUGUAAUCUCCGGUCCACUGUUCUUGCCACAGAGGGACACAGAGGGAGAGAAAAGCUUUGUCAAGUAUGAAGUGAUAGGAGAGAACAAUGUGGCAGUGCCAACACAUCUCUUUAAGAUCAUACUUGCUGAAGACAGACCUGACUCUCCACCAUUGCUAGGUGCCUUUGUGGUCCCCAACGAGCCGAUAAAGGAUGUUAGUCUCACACAGUUCCAAGUCAGCUUAGAGGAAGUGGAGAAACACACUGGGACCAGGUUCCAUUGCAAGCUGGACAGAAGUCAGGUCAGUGACCUCUGCGCUGUUGACGGCUGUAAGAUAAACUCACAAAAAGACUGGGCUAUUAUGGGCUACAAGAAAAGAGUUCAAGCUGCUGCAAGUUCUCAGGAGCUGGAAAAAGUUUGGGGUGAAGUGAAAGACAAAGGCGUCCACCAUGACAAACCUCUUAGUGACUUAUAUAGCCAAAAGAAAGCAAAAUUUGCAAGCUCUAGUUAGCUAGCUA